CUUUUGGUCUUUAAAAGGCAUUUUUUUUUCUCCAAGUGAAGUCAGCUCAAAAUUUCAAGGAGCUGAGCUUUUGAGCUACUGUUUACAAGAAUGACUAGUUUUGGGAAAGAAGAGCAAGAUCAGAGCAAAAUCGAUGGCGUUGAAGAUUCUAAAACAACAAUUGAAUUUCUCCGGGGGAGAUUAUUGGCUGAAAGAUCUGCAUCAAGAACAGCAAAGCAGAGAGCUGAUGAACUGGCACAAAGGGUCUCGGAGCUCGAAGAGCAGUUAAAGGUUGUAUCUCUACAAAGAAAGAGAGCUGAGAAGGCCACUACAGCUGUUCUGUCUAUAUUAGAGGACCAUGCAAUAGAUGAUGUUUUGGAGGAAUUCAGUUCAGGCUCUGAUAAGGAAACAAUCUUAUCUGAUCAAAAAGAUGCUGGAAAUAAAACAGGAGGGGACAUUUCGUCAAGUGCGAAAGAGAAAGAAGAUGACGUGGACACAAUGUCAAGUUCGGGGACUGUUUCUUCUUCAUCAACUGCCAGAAGUUUGUCAUGGAAAAGUGGCAAAUCUUCUCAUUCUUUGGACAGGAGGAAAUACACUGAUUCUAAUAGGAGGAGAUAUAGUAACUUUUCAUCCACUGACAUUUCUUCUCCAAAACGGGUUGGUAAUUCAUGCCGACGGAUAAGGCGCAGGGAUACCAGAUCAGCUAUUGAUAAGUUACGAAAUAGUUCUGCUGGAUGUGCCUCUGAGCCUCUUUCAAGUUCUGCUAACAAUGAGCCUCAUUCUUUGACGGCUGGAGCUGGCAUUAAUGAUGUGAAUGAUCAAGUGCACGUUCCUGCACUAGAUGUGCCAGGAAAUGGAAGGGAAGCAGAUAAGAGAGAUGAAGACAGCCAAAGAGCUUUACAUCAGCAAGUGCAACCGAUAGGGCAAUAUGAAGCUGAGGAAAAAGCCCAGAGAGAAUGGGAAGAGAAGUACAGAGAGAGUAAUAGCUGUACACCGGAUUCGUGUGACCGUGAAAAUUACUCGGACGUGACUGAAGAAAGAGAUGACUUGAAGGCAUCUCAGGAACCAUGCUUAGCUGGAAGAACAAGUAUGCAGAAUCAUGUAAACCAGUGUGGAGCAGCAGAUGUUUCCCAUACCGAGCAGAAUGGAAAUAUAGACAACUCUCCGUCUACCCCACAUGUCGAUAUGAGCUGCUUGGAAGAUAAAAAAGGCAGCAGAACUGUUGGAUCAGAUUCCUCAGCAUCAGAGCUUGCACGUCCAAUGUCUACUGGGAAUUAUUUAGAAAAUCUUGGUCAGACAUCUGCUUUUAGGCACCAGCAGUCUUUUCCUGUGACUCGUUCCCCCAUGCACCCCCGCAGUAGCAGUUUGCAAGCAGGACAAGCUCUUCAAACAGGUUAUGAACUUGCCUUGGUGUCUCAUAACACUUCAAAUGGUGUCGAUUCUGUCUUCGGGAAACUUGAACAAGCCAAACUUUCACUGACUAAACAGAUCAACAGCUCACUACCAACCGCCAAUUACCCAGGAACGCCCUCGCGAUUCAGUUCACUAAACCAUUCUCCUGAACCUUCCACCUACGAAAUCUCUUUAACCCCUUAUGUGGAGUCUCGAUCAAAGUAUGUUACACAAAGUAAUAGGGUCACUUAUCCUUUCCAACGAGCUUUCCCAGAGGUCUCUUCUUCAGCUCCUUCAUACAGGCCUAUAUCUGAAACUAACUUUGAGGCAGGCCAACCAUCUUCAACCCCUUACGUGGAGUCUCAAUCAAAAUAUGUUACACAAAGUAAUAGGGUUACUUAUCCUUUCCAAAGAGCUUUUCCAGAGGUCUCUUCUUCAGCUCCUUCAUACAGGCCCAUAUCUGAAACUAACUUUGAUGCAGGCCAACCAUCUUCAGUGAGGUUUAAUCCUAACUCGAGUUCACGUCUUCCCUUCUCUAGUAAAUUUACAUACCCUUCCUAUCCCAAGUUCCCAGACAUGGUGCCAAAACUACCCCCAAAUGAAGUGUUCUCGAGAAAUUUUCCUGCGAAUGAGACAGAUCUACCUCCCUCAUUUUCCUUCUCAACCUUGAGCCAAGAGGUGGUGCCAAGACUACCCUCAACCGAAAAAGUUUCAAGAAAUUUUCCUACAAAUGAGACAGAUCCACCUCCCUCAUUUUCCUUCUCAACCUUGAGCCCCGAGGUGGUGCCAAGACUACCCUCAACUGAAGUAUUCCCGAGAAACAUUCCUACGAAUGAGGCAGGUAUACCUCCUUCAUUCGCCUUACGUAAUGAUCCUCAUAUCAGACCAAAUAUGUAUAGAGGUUGAUAUUGUUCACAGUACAGUUCUUGGUAAAGAAAAUCUUCAUAUAGCUCACAUGUUUUGAGAAGUGCUUACAUAGGUUAUAUUAAUCUCUAGUUUGUGUAUCAUUUACUUCUUUAAUUAUCUUAAUCCCAGCCUAGUUAGGUUUUACAGAGAAACAUCAGCAAUAUACCUUUUGGUUUUUGAAGCUGUUGUUGUAUACUAGGUGUGUUGUAAAAUGGCAGAAACAUAUGAAAUUUAUUGGCAGGUGCUAUAACAUAUAGUUUUCAUUCUUU